GAGCGACCGCGGAUAUGACUACAUCACUGUAUACAAAUCCCGAGGGGGAAAUGCUCGCCAAGGUGGCCUGAAAAUUGUGCCGCAAGCGUAAGGUCAAAUGUAACAGAGAGCUGCCGAGGUGCCAGACAUGCGAGAACCUGCAGCAGCGAUGUGUCUAUCCUCAGCACGUCCAGAAACCUGGACCGAAAUUGGGAACAUCACAGAAGAAGCGCCGUACCACUAAUCAUCGUCCUAAAAAGCGCAGGAAGAUUUCCGAGCCAUUUCCCGACUACUCAGACUCUGAGGAUGACGCUGAAGGGAUAGGUGACAAUCAUGGUUUCAGUCCGAAGUCAAUUUUGCGACCUGCAGAUAUACAGUCAAUUUCUUUCAUUAUCCAUCCAUCUCAUGACUCUUGGCCACCGGCAGACAAAGGAGAUAAUCCCUCACCUACAGCAUCCAAGAUCCACGAGAAGCCGGCCCUCAUAUCUGCAUCGUCUGUUUUGGGGGUAGCCCCUGGCCUCAUAAAAAAAUUGUGAGUCUUCGUUGAAGAUACCCCUGAAACGUAUUAUUGUAGUCACAAGCAUAAAUAUCAGAGACUGACGGUAGGUCAACAGGCUAAAAUCAUUCGUCGACAACUACACAUCGUUCCGUCUGUUUAGGGAGCCGUUUUCGCUAGCGCAUUUGCAAGCAGUGACAAUCAGCACCCAGAUCAACGCAUUGGCUGCCGCUAUGCUUGCCUUCGCCAGCAAGUACACCAUCUCUUCCUUGAGCCAGGAUCCGGAGUUCCAGCAAUGUGGCAGCCAGCUUUCUGAGUUGCCUUUUGUAGAAAUGGCAACUGCUUCUAUCAAUCAAGCUAUUGACGAGUGUGGCGAUGAACAUCCUCCGCUAUGCGUACUUCAAGCAUUAAUUCUCUGUGCGCACUGGCUACUAUGUAAGAAUGUACGGGGAAGAGCAUGGAGAUCGCUCGGAUUAUGUAUACGACAUGCCUAUGAGAUGAACCUGCAUCUUGUGGAUGCCAGCAGCAUGGGAGAUGGGAGUAGUCAUGGACAGGAGCCGUGGGUUGUCAAAGAAGAAAAACGACGCGCAUGGUGGGCAAUUUGGGAGAUGGAUACUUUCGCGAGCGUCCUCCGUCGAUGCCCGACUGGUAUGGACUGGAAACAGCAUAAGGUUCUCCUUCCCGUUGACGAUAAGUCAUGGUCUCAAGGGCGUUCAAAACCCAGCUGUUUUCUCGGAACUGGCUUUAUUUCCAGGUUCAAAGACCUGGCAGAGACUGGCAGUAAGUCGAAGAAAGCAUGGUUCAUUGUCAUCAAUUCUUUGGUCAAAGAGGCGCAAGUUCUCGCGAGUCCAGGUCCGGGCGACAGAUUUUAUAAUGGCUGGCUUGACACUGCAUUAGCUUCUGACACCUCAAAUGCAGAGCGGUACCCAUGGGAAUCAAACAGUGUUGACGGCCCACAAGAGAUCAUGACGAAGCUCCGAACUCUGGAGAACUCAUUACAGUACUGUAUGACCGUCCCACCUCCAUCUCUCAAUUAUGAGGGACAGUUCUUGGAUUUUGGCGAGCACGCGUGCAACGUGAGGACUGGAAAAUCAUCGGAGUUGCGUCAUCGACAUAGCUCUAUAUUCGGAAUUUAUCUGAUGGUGGAGUUGACCAAAGUCAUGAUCCAUAAGUAUCAGGUGUUUCAACCAGAUUCCCAAGGCACGCUUGUGCCUCACAAUUUCUGACGUUACGAAGAUCUGAGGGGUAAGUGUUUCCCGCACCCUUCCAUGAAAUCAGCUCUUCAAUCGAGACUGCUCGAUCCCUCCGUUCAGCAUUACUUCGCGGCUUCGGACUCAGUUCUUCGUAUUAUCAGUAACAGCAGUGAUACGCGACAUUACUACGUCAACCCGUUAUUAUCGAGUAUGUGUGGCUUUCAGCUGCUGUUCAGCUAGUUCGCCUCGAGAUGACCUCUGAACCCUCAGAGAAGGAACUUGUUGCCUCAAACUACGAAAUUUUAAAUAUGGUACACAACCAGUUCGUCCUCCGCUGGAACAUAUCGGCCACACCUCGAGAGAAUCUUUUCAUGCUCGCAAAUCGCCUCCGCAAUGCUGUAGCUUGUUCUGCAAUAAACCCCAUAUCUUCCCGUGAUGGGCACAGCCAGAGAUUUUCUAUUCAGCAAAAUUCCACGAGCAAUCCAGACAAUACAGCCGAGCUACCAGAAGGUCCCGCUACAAAAACAAGCCACUAGGAAUACCAGAAUAGGAAAUCUAUUCCUUUAAACCCUCCGCCAAGAACCAUGCAGGAAAACCGUGGUAAGCCAGAGGGACACUGGGUAGGAAGCGUCCCCCCAGAUCAGCUGAGCUCAAACGGUGCGCCCACCGCUAGCAAAACGGUGAAUCGACCGAACGAAAGCGAACAUAGUUUAUUUUUUGGAAAAAAUCAGCCUGCUUCAUGGUUUGCAGAACACGUCACGCGUCGAAGUAUGCCGUGUACUAGUGCAGAACUAUUGCCAGACAGGCGAAUACCCAUGAAUAUAGAGCAGCAACUAAUCUCUUUAUCGGAUGUAUCCAGACCCCCAUCCAUAGCCUACUGUCCCAAAUUACCAACGGGUAAAGAAAACGAUAUGAGUGAUUCUGCUCUCGAGUCAGACAUCACUGGCCACUUUGGCGAUUAUACAAACUUGGAUCUGUCCUUUAUCAUGGACAAUAUUUUCUCAAUUUCUUAUUCCGUAUAGCUACGACAGCACGAGAAAAGAGGCCUCAAAGAAGAAGCAUGAUGUCGAUUUGUAUCUUAAAAUACAAAUCUAAGGAGAGAAUGGCCAGGCCGAGGCAAGACGAGGUGGUUAUAUGCCAACCUCGCUUGAAAUCACGUGAGACAUAGUUGUAGACAUGUAAUUUCGACUAUAAUACAAACAUUAUAGAUUGGUUUGUAAGGAGUUGAUUAAUUUAUUUAUCAAUACUCGAUUCCAGCUGUCCGUAGAGCGGUUGUAGCAGGGCUAGCGCUCGGUAGACUUUUGGCGUUGAAUCAGGGGACAUGGUGGUAGUGGAAUGCGAAAUUUACGUAGUAAGUUAGUCACAAUUGAGCAAAGAAAAGUUGCUAGACUCAACGGAGGAAUGGGACAAAGGGAAAGAAAGAGAAAAAGAGAUUAAGUAGUUAAUACACAGGACAGGACCGCGGGGUACGCGGCGUCUAUAUCUGUCAUUAACCUAGCGCAGUUCCGAUCUCAAGUAACUCUACUGACAUAGUACAUACGAUCUUUCCUUCAGCUCACCUCAAACUCUAUAAUUCGUUCACGGCUUACGGUGGCUUCUUUUCUCCCAUGAAUACUCGCUCUGUGGACGACCCUUGCACCCAACAAGAUAUUCGACACUUUUGCGCAGCCCUCGCUUCUUGAGUAGCCGCAUGCCCAAAUGGUUCCCUUGAUAGGUCACCUUAAACUAUUCGACCAGCUCUGACCUUAUAUCCUUCCGCUUAUUUGAAAGAAAAUUUAUUCAAUUACAUAUACUUCAGUGUAUUAUAAAGUUAGUAUAAUAACAUGUAUAGAUAGAUUAAACCAAUUAAGAAUUUAUUGGUACUACUACAUCAGAAUGGAUUACAAGCCCCGGAGAGCGGAGAAGAGGGAAAGAUAUGCA